CACAAUAUAUAAACAUAGUUUUAAGUUAUUAGAUUAGAGUCAUGUUCUUACUCUCUAGUCUCUUAACAUUUUACUAUGAACUAAAUUCAAAUUCCACACACAAAAAAAGUUAGCAAAAGAAGCAACAUGAAUAUCAUGAUGGUGCAAAAUAUCUCUUUUCUAUCUCUACAUUUACUAUUAAUAUUACUACUCUGCCUCCGUCCUCUUACCACCGUAGCCGACGGCAAUUCUACCAACAUUGACGGGUGGUGCGACAAAACUCCAUACCCAUAUCCAUGCAAACGCUACUUCAUAAAACACAGCGGUUUUCGACUGCCAACACAAAUAUCCGAGUUCCGAGUACUUCUCGUGGAAGCAGCCAUGGAUCGGGCCGUAUCCGCUUGGGACAAAUUGACCAAUUCAAGCAAGAACUGCACAGAUUUCAAGAAACAAGCAGUUUUGGCGGAUUGCAUUAACCUCUAUGGAGACACUGUCAUGCAGCUAAACAGAACGCUGCAGGGCGUGUCUUCAAAAACCGGGAGAAGGUGUACUGACUUCGACGCUCAAACGUGGCUAAGCACCGCGCUUACAAACACUGAGACUUGCCGACGCGGCUCCUCCGAUCUCAACGUCUCAGAUUUCACUACACCUAUUGUUUCAAACACAAAAAUCUCUCACCUCAUCAGCAACUGCUUAGCCGUCAACGGAGCCCUUUUGACCGCCGGAAAAAAUGACAGCACCACCGGUGAUUCCAAGGGUUUUCCAACGUGGGUUUCCCGUAAAGAGAGGAGACUUUUGCAAUUGCAAUCAGUGCGUGCGAAUCUUGUAGUGGCCAAAGACGGAUCGGGACAUUUCAAGACGGUGCAAGCGGCUAUUGACGUGGCGGGACGGAGAAAGGUGACGUCAGGGAGGUUCGUUAUAUACGUAAAAAGAGGGAUAUAUCAAGAAAACCUUAACGUACGUCUAAAUAAUGAUAACAUAAUGUUGGUCGGAGAUGGAAUGAGAUAUACCAUUAUCACCGGUGGUCGAAGUGUUAAAGGAGGUUACACCACGUACAGUUCUGCCACUGCCGGUAUAGAGGGACUUCACUUCAUAGCAAAAGGCAUAGCGUUCCAGAACACGGCAGGUCCGGCAAAAGGCCAGGCAGUGGCACUACGGUCAUCCUCGGACCUCUCAAUCUUCUAUAGAUGCUCCAUCGAAGGAUACCAAGACACAUUGAUGGUCCAUUCACAACGCCAGUUUUAUCGCGAGUGCUACAUCUAUGGAACUGUCGAUUUCAUCUUCGGAAACGCGGCCGUUGUUUUCCAAAACUGUAUCAUCCUGCCUCGCCUGCCACUCAAAGGUCAAGCCAAUGUAAUAACCGCACAAGGUCGUACUGAUCUAUUUCAGAACACAGGGAUCUCUAUUCAUAACUCAAUAAUCAUACCCGCUCCUGACUUAAAACCGGUGGUCCGUAGUGUUAAGACAUAUAUGGGUCGACCCUGGAUGAUGUACUCCCGCACCGUGGUUCUUAAGACGUACAUCGAUAGUGUUGUGAGUCCUGUCGGGUGGUCUCCGUGGACUAAAGGUUCGACGUAUGGUCUCGACACGCUGUUCUAUGCGGAAUAUAAGAAUAUCGGACCGGCUUCAUCCACGAGGUGGCGUGUCCGUUGGAAAGGGUUUCAUGUGUUGAGUAAAGCUUCCGAUGCAUCUGCUUUCUCUGUUGGAAAAUUCAUCGCUGGUACUGCGUGGCUCCCAGGCUCUGGCAUACCCUUCACUUCAGAACUCUAAGGCCAUCUUUGAUUUUCCAUGCUUUAACUAAAACGAUGUCAAAGUUUAUAACAUAUAAUUCAUUUUUACAAAUCAUUUCCUAUUGACGUAGCAAAAAUAAAUAAAUAAUAAUAAUUAAAAAAAUUCCUAUUUCA